AUGCAAACAUCCAAACCAAUUUGGUUCGAGCAACUGCUGGGAAAGCUCCCAUCAAAUUGUGGAAGCAACAAAUAUCCAAAAAGAGCCUUUACAUCAAGGUUUUUAAUCGCACUGCUUCACUAUGGAGGGGUUCCAGCAGAUUAUUUUUUGGAGCUUGUAAGGAAGGCACUAAAAGAUGUUGAGAAAGCCUGUCAUAAAGCUAGUUAUUCUCUCGAAGUUGCAUAUAACCAUGCCAACUUGGAUGAUUCCAUGUCGGCACGAAUGAUUCUUUCUGGAAUUCAACCUGAAGAUGAUGCAUAUUUGCAAUACCAGCUGGCUUUUAUGACUCGAGAAGAAAGAGAAGGAAUCAAAUUAGGAAGGAUUCCUAUUGAGGAGAGUUACUAUCUGAUGGGCACAUCAGACCCUACAGGGACACUAAAGCCCAAUGAAGUUUGUGUGAUACACGAGAAUGGACAAAUUUCUGGAGAUGUUCUUGUCUAUACAAAUCCUGGGUUACAUUUUGGCGAUAUACAUGUGUUAACUGCAACUCCAAUUCCUAAUUUGGAGAAGGAGAUUGUAGGAUUUUCCAAAUAUGUUAUAAUAUUUCCUAUUUCUGGUCCACGGUCUUUGGCUGACGAGAUGGCUAACAGCGACUUCGACGGUGAUAUGUACUUUGUAUCAAGAAAUCCCCAGUUACUUGAGCACUUCAGACCAUCUGAAGCAUGGGUUCCGAGAAACCCACCAAAAAAAGUCGAACAAAAGAAUCCUCAGCAUUAUGAUGGACCCCAGCUGGAAAGCCUGUUGUUCAAAGAAUUUUUGAAAAGUAGAUUUGUACCCAGUUAUACGAUAGGUACAGCUGCAGAUUGUUGGCUGGUAUACAUGGAUCAACUUUUGGCAGGUCAAGUUCAAGAAAACAAACGCGGAAUGGAAAUAAAGGAUAAGACGCUUGACUUAGUUGACAUAUACUAUGAGUCUCUGGAUGCCCCCAAGACAGGGAUCAAGGUCGAUGUCCCCGAUGCACUGAGGGUCAAAAAAUAUCCCCACUAUAUGGAAAAAGGAGAUGAUCGGUCCUACCAUUCAACGUCCGUGCUCGGACAAAUCUAUGACGAAGCAAAAGCAUUGUCAGAGCAGUCUAAAGAUAUUCCUCCAAUCAAUAUAUCGCCCCUGGCGUGCUUUACAGAGGUGGCCGUGGGGGUAACCAAAGAGCGCAAGGAGGAGUGGAAAAGGCCUUACGACGAAUAUCGAGGAGAAAGCACAGCCUUCUGCGAUAAGAAGUACAGCAAAGAAGAGAGAGACGCGGGGUUUACGAAGCUUUACCAGAAGUAUAGGCGGAUGUUGUACGACGCGGAGGAGUUCGACGACAGCCUGAGGAACUACAACGAGGUGUUCGGCGAGGCCUGCGCCAUCUACCAGAUCGUCUACGAGUACGCGCGGAGACAGAACAAGGCUACAUUGUGCGGCUUUGCGUGGAAGGUCGCCGGCCACGCACUGUGCCAUCUGCACGCGAUCAAGCGUGGCGGCGAGACGGUGCUCUGCUCGCAGUCCGUCCUCCGGGACGCCUUCAAGAAGAACCGUUGAGGUCACGUGCAGUGGCGGAGCUUCUUGGGGGCCAACCUGGGCCAUGCCCCCCCCCCCCCCAGCUCACAAGAAAACAUCUACUCUCUUCGUUCCCAAAUAUUUGUCUUUCUAGGCAUUUCAAAUGAAAACAACAUACGGAUGUAUGUAAACAUAUUUUGAAAUAUAGAUU